AUGUUAGGUAAAAAGUUUACCUCAAUAGGUGUUUUGCUUAUUAUCGCAGGAGCCUCUGCACAGAUACCGGCAAACGAAUCAAUUUGUUGCAAUCGUAAACGAGAAGGUACAAUCGUGCCUCGUUCUUUUGGUCUCAUUCAAAGAUUCUGUGAUACGUACGUCUGUCCUACCGGCUACACUAGUUUAGCUGACGUAGCUGGUAUAACAUGUGAUAAUGGAUGCAACGUAGACUUAUGUUGCACUGCAGGUGCAAACGAUGUUACCGCAGAAGGUGAUAUUCCGACCGACUCCUCAAACAAACUAGUUGCCGAGAAUCCCACUUUUGCGAAUGAGUUUGUUAUGGGUACUGCCGGACUGAGUUGUGAGGAUGUCUGCAACGGUCGCGAUCAGGUAUGCAAUGUCGACACGACAGUUUCUAUGAUACGCACAGCAUGGGCUUCAGGUGGUGAUGCAAAUGCCGUGGUAUCUAUCAUUGAGAAUAAUGGAGGUGUAUGUCUUUAUGGAGCCAACAAUCAGGAUUACUAUUCUCUCCCCGGAAUCGGAAACGGUAAUUGCGAAAUUUCCGACAACUAUGGUACAGCUGAUGGAUCUGUUAUGUUCAACUGCCGUGGAAAAUUCGACACUGUUGAACGUCUAUGCUUCUGCAAUAGUGCUGACUUUGUUGUACCUGCGGUUGAAGCAGCAACAGAAGUUGAACCAAUGUCAGUUAUGCAACCACCAGACGUUGAGCAAGUACCAGAGGCUCAAACACUCACUUUUGAUAAUGAGUUUGUUCUUGGUGCUGCCGGACAGAGUUGUGAGGAUGUCUGCACUGGUCGCGAUCAGGAUUGCAAUGUCAAUAUGACAGUAUCUAUGAUACGUGCAGUAUGGGCAGUUGGUGGUGGUGCGAAUGCCGUGGUGUCUAUCAUUGAGAAUAACGGAGGAGUGUGUCCCAGUGGAGCUAACGAUCAGGAUUACUAUUCACUGCCCGGAAUUGGCAAUGGUAAUUGCGAAAUCUCUGACAACUAUGGUACAGCCGAUGGAUCUGUUAUGUUCAACUGUCUUGGUAAAUUCGACACUGUUGAACGUCUGUGUUUCUGCAGUAGUGGUGACGUACCUGCUGCUGUGGAAGAAGCAACCGAAGUUGAACCGCUGACAGUUACACAAGCAUCAGUAGUUGAGCAAGAACCCGUAGAUGAAGUUAGGAUUGAGCCCGUCAUAAUCGCACCUACUACCUGUGAUAGUCACUUGUGUGCCAUUGGGCAGUUGAUUACUGAUGCGGAGCGCAUGGAAUGCCGCGACAAUGUCUGUGAUGAUAAUACUUGUUGUGAGCAAACAUGCGACACCUUUAGGUGCACAUCAGGACUGCUCAGAUCUCUGUCCGAUUCGAUCAAGUGCGUGGGGCUCGGCGAUUGUGAUGAGGAGACCUGCUGCGAUGCGUGGUCUACGUGCGACACCCACGUUUGUACCCAAGGAUUGCUGGAAGCCGGCGCAAGCAGAAUAGAUUGUGUUGGUGAAGCAGAAUGUGACGAUGAAACAUGCUGUGUUUCAUGGCCUGUUUGCGAGUCUCAUACAUGCAUAUCCGGUUCAUUGCUGGAAGCUGCCGAUAUGAUCGAUUGCACAGGCUUUAAUGGAUGUGACGAUGCCACCUGCUGCAAUCCUUGGCCGAAGUGUGACACCCACGUAUGUACCUCAGGUACCCAAAAUGAGAUUGCCGCUGAGCUUGUAUGUAACGGCCCCUCCGGUUGCGACGACUUGACGUGUUGCGUUCCUUAUCCCACUUGCGUCGCGCAUCAAUGUACCCAAGGAACACUGGAAGCCGGCGCAGCCAGCAAAGACUGUGUUGGUAUAGCAGGAUGUGACGAUGAAACAUGCUGUGUUGCAUGGCCUGUUUGCGAGUCUCAUACAUGCGCAUCCGGUUUAUUGCUGGAAGCUGCCGACAUCAUCGACUGUACAGGCCUUAAUGGUUGUGACGAUGCCACCUGCUGCAAGCCUAGGCCGAAGUGCGACACCCACGUAUGUAACUCGGGCGUCAUCAUCGUUAUCGCUGCUGAACUCGUUUGUGAUGGACCUCUAGGCUGUGACGAUUUGACAUGCUGUGUUCCAUUCACGUGUGCUGCUCAUGAAUGUGCAACGGGAACACUGGGAGCCAGCGCGGCCGGUACGGAUUGUGCUUUCGAGGCAGGCUGCGACGACGAGACGUGUUGCGUUGCAUGGCCUACGUGCGAUGCUCACGUAUGCACGUUCGGUUUUCUAGUGGACGUCGCGGACGUCAUCGAUUGCACCGGGCGUGAUGGUUGUGACGACGCUACCUGCUGCAAGCCUUGGCCUAUGUGUGACUCGCAUGAGUGUGGUUCGGGCUCUAUUCUGGAGGCCGCCAACAUUAUCGAUUGCACAGGCCUUGAUGGCUGUGACGACGAGACAUGCUGUAUUCCAUGGCCUACUUGUGAAGAACAUGUGUGCAAUUCAGGUUCUCUAAUUGGCGCUGCUGACCUCAUUGAUUGCACGGCCCUUACCGGUUGUGACGACAGUACCUGCUGCAAGCCUUGGCCUAAGUGUGUCUCGCAUGAGUGUGGCUCCGGUACCUUCAUAGACGCUGCCAGCAUCACUGAUUGCACAAGUAGUGACGGAUGUGACGAUGUCACCUGCUGCAAGCCCUGGCCUACCUGCGAUGCCCAUGUGUGCGAUUCCGGUUCUAUAUUGGGUGCUGCCGACAGCAUCGACUGUACAGGAACCGAUGGUUGUGACGACGCGGGCUGCUGCAAGCCAUGGCCUUUGUGUCAAGCUUACACUUGCACUGAUGGUACUGCUAUCCCAGAUUCGGAGACCUUGGAGUGCAAGGGUCGUAUCGGGUGCACUGAAACCACGUGUUGCGUUCCAUGGCCUACCUGCGAUACUCAUACAUGUAAUGCAGGCACAUCUGUGAGGAUCCCUGAGUUUGUCGACUGUGUGACUGGUGCUUGUGAUGAUGCCGCAUGCUGCGAUCCUUGGCCCACUUGUGAUUCCUUCACCUGCACUGAUGGUACGCCUGUCGUAAACUCGGUUUCUGUGGACUGUACCGGAAGUGAAGGGUGCGAUGAAGCAACUUGUUGCGACCCGUGGCCCACAUGUGACGCCCAUUCAUGUACCUCAGGUCUACUUGGCGAGAACGCCGUGACAACUGAUUGUACAGGCAGCGAUGGAUGUGACGAUUUCGCGUGCUGUGUUCCCCAUCCUACAUGUGAUACUCAUACAUGUCUUUCGGGAAGUAUCAAGGUCGAUGCUGCAAACAGAGACUGUGCUGGUGCAGAUGGUUGUGACGAUCUUUCCUGUUGUGACGCGUGGCCUCUAUGUAAUACACACACCUGUACAUCUGGUAGUAUUAUAUUAGCGGCAGAGACAAUUGAUUGCACUGGAGCCGAUGGUUGUGAUGAUGGUACCUGCUGUGAUCCAUGGCCAACGUGCGAUUCCUUCACGUGUACUGAGGGCAACCCGGUCACAGACUCCAACACUGUCGAUUGCACCAAACGUGACGGUUGUGACGAAAUUACCUGUUGUGAUGAAUGGCCAACCUGCGCUACUCACACAUGCAUCGUAGGAAAGCCCAUUGCGGAAUCAGAAUUGGCCGAUUGUAAGUCUGGUACCUGUGACGAUGACCUGUGCUGUGUCCCAUGGCCAACGUGUGACUCCUUCACUUGUACUGCCGGCAAUGCCAUCUCAGACUCGGACAUUGUCGAUUGCACUGGGCACAACGGAUGUGAUGAAGCUUUGUGUUGCGAUGAGUGGCCUACAUGCGACUCUCAUACAUGCACCGCCGGGAAACCCAUUGCGGAGCCAGCAACGGUCAACUGUAAGUCUGGCAUAUGUGGCGAUAACCUCUGCUGUGAUCCUUGGCCAACCUGUGACUCUUUCACAUGCACAGUCGGUAACGCUGUUCGGGAUGCAAACACUGUUGAUUGCACAGGAGAUGACGGUUGUGAUGAGGCAUUGUGUUGUGAUGAGUGGCCUACAUGUGAUACCCACACAUGCACUGUUGGCAGAGUAUUGGCAGAAUCAGCUACGGUUGAUUGUAGAUCUGGUGCUUGCGACGAUGACCUCUGCUGUGUUCCAUGGCCCAAAUGUGACACUUUCAUCUGCCUUGGAGGUACAUCUGUUAGAGACGCCAACACUGUCGAUUGUACCGGGGCCGAUGGCUGCGACGAAGGAUCAUGCUGUGAUCCAUGGCCUACUUGCAACACACAUACGUGUUCUUCUGGAACAUUGUGGGAUGCCGCUCCCAUGAUCCAGUGCAAGGAGGCUGAUGGUUGUACCGACGCUUGCUGCAAGCCAUGGCCAAAGUGUAACUCGUACACGUGCACUGGGGGUACACCUCUCAGAAACUCAGAGCUGCUUGAAUGUAUGGAUGGAGAUGGUUGCAAUGAAGCAACGUGCUGUGACCCAUGGCCAACUUGCGACACGCAUGUCUGUACUUCCGGUUCGCUUUGGGAUACAGCUCGCGAUAUCGAUUGCACAAGUGCAGAUGGCUGCAACGAUAUCACCUGUUGCGAACCAUGGCCUACGUGUGAUGCGUUCACCUGUACCGGUGGUGACGUGGUCAGAAAUGCAGAAAUUGUCGAUUGCUCUGGGCGUGACGGAUGUGAUGAGGCAACGUGCUGCGAUCCAUGGCCUACUUGCGACACUCAUGAGUGCAGAGAAGGAGUUGCUAUCCUGGAUUCCGCCACUGUUAUCUGCGGGUCUAUGCUAUGUGAGGAUCGCACAUGCUGUGAUCCAUGGCCAACAUGUGAUUCCUACACUUGCACCGCAGGUACGUCUGUCAGAGAUGCCGAGUUAGUCGACUGUACCGGACGUGAUGGCUGUGAUGACGCUACUUGCUGUGACCCGUGGCCUACGUGUGACUCCCACACGUGCACAUCUGGUACAUCUGUCAGAGACGCUGCGAGGGUGGACUGCAUUGGGCGUGAUGGCUGCGACGAUGACACUUGCUGUGAACCAUGGCCCACCUGUGAUACUUUCGAAUGUACUGGAGGACCACUCUUGCGAGCUGCCGCGUACAUUCAGUGUUUCGGACCCGAUGGUUGUGAAGAGCGCGAGUGCUGUGAUAUCUUCCCCACGUGUGAUACGCACAUCUGUAUGCACGGAGAGGCCUUGCCAGACGGCGGAAGAAUCGUUUGUGAAGGUGGUAUGGGUUGCACUGAUACGCUUUGUUGCGAGGCGGCUUCUACAACAUAUGAUUGGCAUCUUGGAGGGUUGGGCCAGAGCUGUUCCGCCGUGUGUGCUAGUGUGGGUGGAACAUGCCAAGUGGACAAGCUCAACGCUUUGGAUUCGACCGCCGAGCUGAAGUUCGUCGGUGCUGCUCUCAAUCAUGCCUGUGCUAUAUCGGGAAGUGGAAGAUAUUCAGAUAUUCCAGGUAUUGAGGGAGGUGCUUGUAAGUAUAACAGUGCCUCAGGAUCUACCUGUGGGGGAUCAUAUUCCAGAACAGCUCGAUUCUGUUGCUGUGGAACUCACUGUGCCCUCGAUGAGUAUGAAGUCAUAGCGAUAUAG